AUGUCGGGACUGGAGGUUAUAGGCGGUAUUUCUGCUAUCAUUUCCAUCUUGGAUGCCUCCAAAAAGCUCUAUGACAAUGUCCAACGCGACAUCAAUUUACCCAAGACGUUCGAAGUGGUUGGGUAUCGGCUCCCAGUCAUUCGGCAUACCCUCGAGACAUGCGAAGCCAAACUCAAACUGAAAAUCAACUCGGUGCCUGAAAAUGUGUGUGAAGAAUUGGACAACUUGAUUUAUGCCUGUCAAACGAAAGCAAAAAACCUUGAAGAGAUUUUUGAGAAAGUCAUACCUGGGCCAAGCGAUACUCUUCACAAGCGAUAUUCCACGGCCCUCCGAAGACUCGGUAAAGGUACAGAGGUUGAGCAGCUCAUGAAAGCAAUCACUGAGGAUGUUCAGUUCGUUGUCAACCACCAUGCGGUCAUGUCUGCCGAUCAACGUCAGAAUACUGACCUCGACGAGGUUAUCAGAGAAAUAGAGUCUCUUCCAUCUUCGGCGCAAAUUGUCAAUAGCGGUGCAGGAACACAGAUAAACUGCAACAACAACGGGAGUGGAAAACAGCAGAUCCAUACUGGUUCUGGGAAUAUGUAUAUUGCUGAGACCCAGCAUAUCGUCUCUGUAAAGCAGGACGACUUCAGCUUUCGAGAGCCUGUUGGUCUCCUUCUCCGGAAAGCACCGUCAAAUGCCCCAGGACUAUUUGUCGGUCGCGGCUCCGAGCUUAGUGAAAUGGCAGAAUAUUUUAAGAACAACCCACAUCAGCCAUGCCUAGUCCUUGGUGGAAUGGGUGGUAUUGGCAAAACACAACUUGCUAUCACUUACGCAAUGUCAAACUCUGACUCUUAUGGGUCGGUGUUCUGGCUGAAUGCAGCGAACGAAGCCAUACUAAACAGCAAUUUCAGGGAGAUCGCCAGCAACAUCUUCAAACUUCAGAAUCUUGAAAAGGUCUCUAAUAGCAAUGAGACGAUUCAACGUGUGCAUAAUUGGCUAUCUGAUACGAAGAAUACAAGCUGGCUUAUGAUCUUUGAUAACUAUGAUGACGACUUUGAUGGACAGUUCGAUCUCAAUGACUAUUAUCCGCUUGCUUCUCAUGGUACAGUCAUAGUCACUACUCGAAGGCCAGACCUUGUUACGAGGAGUAAUCAUACUCUUGAGAUCAAGCCACUACAGAGAAUACAGGACAGCCUUGCAAUUCUCCAAAACCGAUCAAAAAGAUCAACAGUGCAAUCUGAUCCAUUUGCAAAGCGUCUCGUAGAGCGCCUCGGGGGUCUACCUCUUGCCUUGGCCACAGCCGGGACAUAUCUUCAUCGAAGUACUUUUAGCUUUGAGAAAUACUUGCAAGAAUACGAGAAGCGCUGGGAUAUCACCCCAAAAGUCUCUACCAAGCUCCAGGAUUACUGUGAGCGUACAUUAUAUACGACCUGGGAUCUUUCAUUUGCUCAUCUCAAAAUAGAAGACAAUGAAGCGGCAGAAAUGUUGAAAUUAUUGGCCUACUUUCACAACCAGGGAAUUUGGUAUCAGCUUUUCCAAGGUGGCUUGAGAGAAUCGUCUCCAGAGUGGAUCCGCGGCUUGGUUGCAGAUGGCGUGUCUUUUGAGAGAGUCAUGAUAUCUUUGACUGAUAAUUACUUUCUGGAAGUCGACUUGGAAUCAAAGUCAUGGAUCAUGCAUAGCUGUGUGCAUGACUGGACGCUCGCCGUGCUCAACAAAAAUAUUGAUCUUCAGUAUUAUUGGUUUGCUGUUAGCUGCGUUGAUGCAACGAUCAGGGGGGUUGAUAUAGCCUUUCAUGGCCAUACUACCUAUGCUCGCUCGGCUAGUCACGCGACGCGAUUAGUGAAGGUGCAACAACGCUUCAUCAAAAAUGACGUGAUCCAUCAUUAUAGCCUCAGUCAACUCGAACAGGUCUCACGUGUUGCAAACCUCCUGAGAGAGCACAUUCAACUCUCUGCAGCAGAGCAGAUGUUUAUCCAAUUACAGACUGGGUGCCAGGUGGCUUUAGGACCAGACCAUAUCUUAACGCUUGACACACUCAACAACUUCGGACUUCUGUAUCUUGCACAGGGAAAGCUGGACGAGGCUGAGCAGAUGCAUUUACAAGCGCGAGCUGGGUACGAGAAAUGCCUGGGACCAGCCCAUCCAUCAACCCUCAGCGCUGUCAUCAAUCUCGGGGCUUUAUAUCACAAUCAAGGCAAGCUGAAAAAAUCCGAGCAGACUUAUCUUCAAGCCCGAAAUCAGUGCGAGAAAGGGCCGGAGCACAGCGAAAUUCUAGCCUUUGAUAUUGCCAACAAUCUGGGAAAUUUAUAUCGUGCUCAAGGUAGGCUGAAUGAGGCCGAAAAGAUGUAUAGAGAGGCCAUAGGUGGAUAUGAGAAAGUUCUCAGACCGGAUCACACUUCAACCUUCGGCAACGCUAAUAAUCUUGGGCCACCAAGAAUAAACAAAAUCCCAAUUUUCCGUGUCAUGAACAAUCUUGGGGAGUUAUAUCGUGAUCAAGGCAGGCCAAAUGAGGCCGAGAAGAUGUAUCAACGUGCGCGGGCUGGGUAUGAAAAGGCGCUUGGACCAGAUCACAUCUUAACCCUAGACACCUUGAAAAACCUUGGGGGUCUUUAUCUUGACCAAGGUAGGCUGGACGAAGCCGAGCCGAUAUGGAGGCGGGCACGCAUUGGGUAUGAGGAAGUGCUAGGACCUAGCCACUUGUCAACCCUUGACGCCAUUGGUAAUCUCGGGCUCCUAUAUGACGACCAGGGUAAACCAGAUGAAGCCGAGAAAAGUUACAAACAGGCACUAGCUGGGUACACGAGACACUUCGGGCCGAAACCCCAACAUACUGCAGCCCUUGGCACAGCCAACAAUCUCGGAGGUCUUUACCUUGCUCAAAGAAAAUUGAACGAAGCAGAAGAGCUGUACAGAUAUGCUCUAGCUGGAAGGGAGAGCGUACUAGGACCCAAUAACAUAUUGACUCUCAACACCGUCAACAAUCUCGGGAAUCUCUAUCGCGCUAAGCGAGAACUGGAGGCAUGUGAGCAGAUGUACACACGGGCGCUGACUGGGUAUGAGAUAGCGCUGACACCGAACAAAAACCAUAAAUCAAUACUUCGCACUGUUCAUAACCUCGGAGCGUUAUAUUGCGAUCAAGGAAAGUUUGACAAGGCUGAAGAAAUGUACAAACGGGCGGUAGCUGGGCAUGAGGAGGAACUGGGACUAGAACAUAGCUUGACCCUCGACGCAAUCAAGCGUCUUGGAAAUCUAUAUUUUGGUCAGCGCAAAUGGAAGAAAGCCGAGCCUUUGUAUUUACAAGCGCAAGCUGGAUACGAGAAAAAUCUUGGACCAGACGAUAUCACAACGCUCAACGUUAUCAAAAACCUCGGGAGCGUUUAUAUUGGACAGCAAAGAUUGGUCGACGCUGAGCUUAUGUAUGCACGGGUGAUGGUUGGGUAUCAGAAGAUUUGGGGUGAAAAUCACGCUUCGACGCUGCAAAUCGUCAACUAUCUUGGAGUCCUUUGUGAAGCCCAAAAUAAGUUGGAUGAUGCCGAGAAAAUGUAUGCACUGGAGCUGGCCGGGUAUGAGAGGGAACAGCCACCCAACCAAACGUUGAUACUUGGCAUCGCCAAAACUCUGGGAGAUUUGUAUCACAGGCAAGGCAAGAUGGAUGAGGCCGAACGAAUGUAUGCACGGGUGAAGGAAGGCUGA